AUGGAUCCAAUCCAAAUUGUUCAUGUGAAGCUUAUGGCUUCUGAUCUCCUCUCCUUAACUGUCUGGCCCUCAAACCCUCCCUACUUCACCCGGAAGGGCAGGCCUAUAUCUUGUGCUGAAACUGUAGGCAUGGUGGUGAGCCGUGAGCACAAGAAUAAAUUUCUAAGGUUCCUGGUGGACGAUGGGAGUGGGUGCAUCCCUUGCAUCCUCUGGCUCAAUUACCACUACCCCACUUCCCAUGGUGGUUCAUCUAAUCUCGAACUUAUGGCCGAGAUGACACUGAAGCAAUCUGAGAUAGUUCAGCUGGGGGAGCUAGUUAGAGUGGGGAGAAUCACCAUCUAUAGGGGGAUGCUACAGAUUACAGUGAGGGAUGUGGUGGUGGAGAGGGAUCCAAAUGCAGAGGUGCUACACUGGUUGGAUUGCAUCAGGUUAUCCAAACAGUGCUAUGACUUGCUGCCUGCUGCUGCUCUUCCUGGAUAUGUUCUAAAAUUUUUCUACUUUGAUAUUCUUCCAUCAACUCCUACAAAGGCAUUUGAUUAUUCUUUUCCCAAAUUUGUAGGUUAGUUGCAUGGUGCUCUUCAAAGCA